CGGCCCGGUUGCGGGCGGCGUGGGCGCCCUUCGGCGAACGGGAGCGGCGGGCGCUGCGAGGCUGGCGCCGGGCCCCGCGCCGGGCCCCCCGCAGGAGCCCCCGCGGAGCGCCGCUGCCCCGCGAAGACAGCAUAAUCCACGUUAAGCAAGAGGAAGAGUUGUGUGCAGCAGAUCAGGAAGAGGUGGAGGCCACGGGAGCUCUGGAAGAGCCCUGCCCAGAGCCAGCGUUUUAUGAGCCCGAGACUUCAGGUCAGGUCAAGAGAGGCACGGAGCCGUACGCCAGAGAGCUGCCGGGCGCAGAGGGUGAAAACAUCCCGGGAGGCCCUGACUCGGAAUUUCAGACCUGUGCAACUGAUGUUUUGUCAUGGAUUAAACAAGAGGAGGAGCCACGCUGCCCUGAACGGCGAGACUCGGCAAAAGAAAUCCGUACGGAUCCAAGAACAGUGCAUGAUGAGAACGUGAAGAAGGAUUCUGUGGCAGAUAGCUUUGGAAGCACGGUUUGUGAUUCUGGCGUACUGGGGAGACCCGGAGAGAAGUUUUGCAAGGAUCCUACCCCUGGAGUGACGUGGGACAGUCAGUGGGAUUCGGAAACGAUGGAAACAAACGCCACCAGGAACGGCUUUGGGGAGGACGCUCGGUACAACCAAGCAUUUGGUCAACACUUGGAUCUCUUCAGCGCUCAGGAAAACCAUGUUGGAAAGAGACCGUGUGCGUACAGCAAAUGCGAGAGAGACUCCAGCCAGCAGGAACCUCUUCCAGCUCCCCAGGGAGACCGAGAAGAGAUGUUUCCAGGCCCCGUGUGCGAGAAGAGGCUCAGCGAGAGGAUGUUCCAGCAGCAGCCAGGUGCUCCGGGGGAGAAACGCGCGGGGCAGAGGGCUUCUCCUGCCUCCCGUGAGAAGGCUGCGGGCGGAACCAGGCUCCGCGAGCACAGCGGCCUUUGUGCAGAGGACCCUCCGUCUGUGGGACGCGGGGAGAAGCUCCCCGCAGAAAACCCCGUACCCAGCCCCUGCGGGGGUGACCCGCGGGACGUGUCGGAGGCACCCAAGGGCAGCUUGGCGAGCCAGCAGCAGAGCCAGGGCAGGGGGAAGUCCUACAUCUGCAACGACUGUGGGAAAAGCUUCGUUUGCCAUUCCUGGCUUGUUCGGCACCAGAUGACUCACACGGGAGAGAGGCCCUACAAGUGCUCGGAGUGUGACAAAAGCUACCGGAGGAAAGAUUAUCUUCUAAACCACCUGCGCCGCCACUCGGGAGAGGGGCUGUUCCAGUGCCACCUCUGCAGGAAAAGAUUUGUGCUCAGGAGGAGUUUAAUCAAGCACCAGGAAAGUCACGUGCAAGAAACGCAACUGACCGUGGGCACUUGGCCCUGUGCGGAGAUCCGGGAAUCUGUUGUGCACUCCAGAUAGAAAACCCUGUCCAGCUUUGGGUUUCUCAGCCCGUUUAGGGGCAGGGGUCUCCCGGUGGGCAGGAGGAGGCUGUUGAGCGGCCGCCCCGUGCCCCCUGCCCGGGAAGAAGAAAUGCCGGGGGUUGUUUCCUGCAGGGCGCGUUGGGGUGGUCUGUGGGGCUGCCUCGCAGCUCUCAGCAGUCGCUGCCCGUGGCUGUUGAGGACGUGUAGGAAAU